GAAAUAUGGUAUUAAAUGUAUGGCCUUACUAAUACCGCGUAGCCAAACGAAAGAGUGUUUAUUUCUUGUCCAAAGAUUUAAAUAAAGAAUAACAAUGCUCUUCUACUCGUUCUUCAAGUCGCUAGUAGGCAAAGAAGUGGUCGUCGAACUAAAAAACGACCUGAGUAUCUGUGGCACUCUGCACUCGGUGGACCAGUACCUGAACAUCAAGCUGACAGACAUCAGUGUGACGGAUCCAGAGAAGUACCCGCACAUGUUGAGCGUGAAGAACUGCUUCAUCCGGGGUUCCGUGGUCCGGUACGUCCAGCUGCCCGGCGACGAGGUGGACACCCAGCUGCUGCAAGAUGCGGCGCGCAAGGAGGCGGUAGUCAGCACAAGAUAGGAGCCGCCGGCAGUCCCGACAACCCUACCAUCCCUUUAGCUCUGGCGCUGCGGUGGACUUUGUGUCGUUCCAUUCCCACCCAGAGCGACCCUAAUCUAAGUGAAAUUCUUUUGAAGCAAACAAAAACAUUGAGGGGAAUGCUCGUACAAUAA